AGGAGAAAAAGAAAAAUGAGAGUUUCAAGUGAGUUUUUGGCUACCUUGGUUCUUGUACUGGUUUCAUCAUUGGCAAAUGGUGACCCCCUUGUUCCUGCACUCAUCAUCUUUGGGGACUCGGUUGUUGAUGUUGGGAAUAACAACAAUCUCAAUACACCUAUCAGGGCGAACUUCCCACCAUAUGGAAGAGAUUUUGUUACUCACAGGCCAACCGGAAGAUUCUGUAAUGGGAAACUUGCCACGGACUUCACCGCUGAGUACCUUGGGUUCACGUCUUAUCCACCGGCUUACCUUAGUCAAGAUGCCAGAGGAAAUGCUCUCUUGACCGGAGCGAACUUUGCUUCCGCUGCCUCUGGUUUAUAUGACAGAACUGCAAACCUAUAUAGUGCCAUAACAUUGAGCCAGCAGUUAAACUACUACAAGGAGUAUCAAACAAAAGUGGAGAACAUGGUAGGAAAAGCUAAAGCUAACGACAUUGUCUCUGGUGCCAUACAUCUUUUGAGUGCAGGAAGUAGUGAUUAUAUUCAGAACUACUACAUCAAUCCUCUACUCAAUCGAAUCUAUACACUGGAUCAAUUCUCUAACAUUCUCAUGAGAUCCUACUCUAGUUUCAUUCAGAAUCUAUAUGGACUGGGAGCAAGGAGGAUUGGAGUGACAUCCUUGCCACCAACAGGUUGUUUACCUGCAGCAAUCACCCUAUUUGGUGGAGGAAGUAAUGGGUGUGUUGCAAGGUUAAACCAAGAUGCCAUAGCCUUCAACAAUAAACUGAACAGCACAUCUCUAAGCCUACAGAACAAGUUUCCUGGUCUCAAACUUGUAGUCUUCGAUAUAUACCAGCCUCUCUUGGACAUGGUUACAAAGCCCAGCGACAAUGGUUUCUUUGAGUCGAGAAGAGCUUGCUGUGGAACGGGUACUCUAGAGACCUCCUUGCUUUGCAAUGCCAGGGCACUGGGGACAUGCUCCAAUGCUACAUCUUAUGUAUUUUGGGAUGGAUUCCAUCCCUCUCAAGCAGCUAAUGAAGUCUUAGCAGGCAAUUUGCUAGCACAGGGAGUGGGACUCAUCUCCUGAAGCUAUUUACUUCAUGGUCGUAGAAAGGGAAUAAAAAUAAGAAGAAAACACUAUCACCAGUUCCUGUAAUCUUCCCAUAUGUAGGAUGUUAGACAUUACUAUGAGUCUAAAAUAUUUGCUUCAUUGGUAUGACUUGUUUUAGCAGAAGAAUUUUAGUAUUUUCACAUGUAAAACCUCCUUAUUAUGCUUUUAGCAGGGGUAGAUUGCUGCAUUUCUGCCAGGUAAAUCGA